CGCCCGGCUUGGCCGCCCGCCAUCUUGGCCCCUGUGUGCAAGCGGCCGAGGCGGCGGCGCCGGGAGCGGCAGCGGCCCCGCCGACACCGGCACCCGCGGGCAGCCGAGCGCCGCGCUGCGCGCCCGGCAAAUUUUGAGGAGUGAACAGGAGGUACCAGACUAGAUGAGUUUCCAGCGAAAUGUCGGAAAAGUCAGGCCAGAGUACAAAAGCAAAGGAUGGAAAAACAAAGUAUGCAACACUCAGUCUGUUUAAUACUUACAAGGGAAAGUCACUGGAAACUCAGAAAACCACAGUUGCCGCACGCCAUGGAUUACAGAGCCUUGGAAAAGUUGCUAUUUCCAGGAGGAUGCCUCCCCCAGCCAACCUGCCCAGUCUCAAAGCAGAGAACAAAGGCAAUGACCCCAAUGUGAACAUUGUGCCUAAAGACGGCACAGGAUGGGCUUCGAAACAAGAGCAGCACGAAGAGGAAAAACAGCCAGACGUGCCGCAGACACAGCCAAAACCUGCUGUUCCUGCUCCUCCAGAAGCAGCUCCUGUUGCCAAAUCCUGGGCCAACACCAAGCCAGGUGGACAGGACGGUCCACCUCUUCCAGUAAAUAGUUAUUUCCAGCAAGAAUUUCCCAGUCUGCCGGCAGCUGGGGAUCAGGAAAAGUCAGGUAAAGAUAAAGAUGCACCCGAAGAGCUCCAUGGAUCAGGACCCAGCCUGCGACCACAGAAUCAAGAAGCUAAGGAAGAUGGCAGUGCUACACCAGCAGAACAAAACGAUGGCCAGAAGGCAGGAGACAAGAGGGAUGUGCGGUUGCCACAGGUCCCUCAGCCCAAGCUGAAUGGGCAGCAGCAGCCACCCCUCUCAUCUCAGUACAGAGCAAUGAUGCCACCUUAUAUGUUUAAUCAGUAUCCUAGAAUGGCAUAUCCUCCUUCCAUGCAAGGUCCAACAAGAUUCCCCAAUUCUGAGCCUAGCAGAGGCCCAAGGGGAAGAGGCCCACCUUCCUGGUGUUCAGAACCCAUUGAGCGCCCAUCCAUUCUUAGUGCUAGUGAACUCAAAGAACUUGAUAAAUUUGAUAAUCUGGAUGCUGAGGCUGAUGAAGGUUGGGCAGGUGCUCAGAGCGAGGUGGAUUACACCGAGCAGUUGAACUUCAGUGAUGAUGACGAGCAAGGAAGUAGUCAAAAAGAGAAGGAAAGUGGUGAUGAACAAACACCAUCAAAAGAUUCCAAGAGUCCCGAUGACCAGAAGGAAGCAGAAGAACAGACAAGUGCUAAGUCUGCCCCCCAGGUUUCCACAGCAGCAGCCAAAGGGUCUUAUGGCAAGCUUGAUCAGGAUCGAGGUCCACCACAGCCUUCUAUACAUGAAAGAGGUGGCCCUGCUCUUCCUCCAAAAUCUAUUCUACCACCGCACCCUCCUCCCCCUGAUCGCCAGAUGGGAAGGCAGGGACCCUUUCCCCCUAAACCAGUCCCAGAUGAAGAUGAGAUUUGGAAGCAGAGGAGAAGGCAGCAGUCAGAGAUCUCGGCUGCGGUCGAGCGGGCCCGUAAGCGGAGAGAAGAGGAAGAAAGGAGAAUGGAAGAGCAGCGGAAAGCAGCUUGUGCUGAAAAGCUGAAACGGUUAAAUGAGAAAUUCGGCUGCGUGACAAAACCCUCCCGGGAAGACCCUCUGAAGGAGAGAGAAAGGGAGCGCGAGAGGGAGAGGGAAAGGGAGCGGGAGAGGGAAAGAGAGAGGGAGAGGGAAAAGGAGAGGGAGCGGGAGAGAGAGCGAGAAAAAGAGAGGGAGAAGGAAAAGGAAAAAGAGAGGGAAAGGGAGAAAGAAAAAGAAGAAAAAGAGAAACUGGAUAAGGCAAAAGAACAAGAAGUGGAGAAAGAGAAAGAAAAAGAGGCGGAGAAAGAAGAGAAGGAGAAUGAGAAAGAGAAAGAAGAGGAGAAACCAGCACACGAGGUUCCUGAGCCUGUAGAACCGGUGGCAACACCUGUAGCAGAAAAACAAGAAAGUGAAACCAAGAAUAACAAGGAAGAAAAAGAAGAUCAAGCAGUCUUUACUCGACAAGACAGUGGUCGGAAUGAGAAAGAGGUUUCACAGGUGACUCAUGAGAGUGAGCCGGAUUCGGGAUCUCAGCCUCGUCCUGCUGUUUCCUCAGGCUAUUCUAAACAGUUCCAGAAAUCACUGCCACCAAGAUUUCAGAGGCAGCAGGAGCAAAUGAAGCAGCAGCAGUGGCAGCAGCAGCAGCAAAGUGUCCUUCCACAGUCUGCUCCCUCCCAGCCUUCGAGUGGCCCUGUCCCACCCCCCCAGCACAGACCCCUUUACCAGCCCAUGCAGCCACAUCCUCAGCAUUUGGCUUCCAUGGGCUUUGAUCCACGGUGGCUCAUGAUGCAAUCCUACAUGGACCCACGGAUGAUGUCAGGAAGACCUGCAAUGGACAUGCCUCCUAUUCAUCCUGGAAUUAUGCCUCCCAAGCCACUGAUGAGAAGAGACCAGAUGGAGGGAUCAGCAGCUGGCUCGGAUUCGUUUGAACACAUGGCUCGCUCGGCAAGGGAGCACACUGUGCCUCUGUCAGAGCCCCGCAUGAUGUGGGGGUCAGACCCCUACCCCCACACAGAGUCUCAGCAAUCUACUUCUCCUCCCAAAGUGCUGGAAGAGCCUGACGACUUGAGGUCUGAAGCACACUUGGAGCAAGAACGAGUUGCUGUCCCUGCCAGUGCUUAUCCUGUAGAACACAACCAGUUGGACUCUCAUCCAAAGACAGAAUUUUUCAGAGAAUCAGGAGAGGUAGAGGUACAGAAAUUCCCAAGCAGGCCUUUGGAAGAUGUACAACCUCUCCAAACUGACACACCUAACACAGCAGUUAAUUUUGAAGGAGUGAAUGAGAAAGUUACACGUAGCUCUCCAGAAGAAUUGGUGCCUGUGGGGGAAAGUCACUCUUCACUAAAGAGAAGCAUUUCCCAUGGUUCAAGUCACUCUCUAAAAUCAGAAGACCAGAGGAAUGAAACAGCAGCAAAUAUCCCUAAAUUAAACAACAGGCCUAUCGAGGCAAAGGAGACAAUUGAGAGACUUGAGAUCAAGCCGAAAAAAGAAAUUUUGAUCAAUAAUAGAACAUCAGAAGGACCAAAACCUGAGAAAACUUUCAAACCUAAGUCUGAAACAAGAUGGGGUCCUAGGCCAGGUUAUGGCAGGAGAGAUGAGGGCGGUGAUAGACCAGUCAGAAGAUCAGGUCCUAUUAAAAAACCUGUGCUUAGAGAUAUGAAGGAAGAGCGUGAGCAGAGAGAAGAGCGUGAGCAGAGAAAAGAAAAAGAAGGAGAAAAGACAGCUAGUGAAAAAACAAGCAAACCUGAAAAAAGUGACAAAAAGGAAGCACCUCAAGUGCCACUGCCUCAGGCUGAGCCGGAGAGAUCCGCCUCCAGCAGCGCUCCUCUGGCUAAGAAGAUAACCCAGGAUGCUGCUCCGACCCCGGCGAGCCAGGAGGGCAGCCAGCCUGAGCCUGCAGCUAAGGCUGUGGUGCAACCCCCCACACCCCCAGUCCAGCAGCAGCUCCCAGCUGCCCAGCCGGCCACUCCCCAGCUUCCCCCAGCCAUCCCUGCACCACCGCCCGCUCCGCUGGCGGCGCAGCCACAGCCCCACACGCAGCCCCCCGCUCCCGCCGCGAAGGAGGAGAAGCAGCCUGAGAAGGUGGUCAGCAAGGAGGUUGUGGAGAAACCACGCUUAGAAACCAGGCCAGUAAAGAGAGAGCCUGGCUUACCACCUAGGACAUACUGGAAGGAGGCCAGAGAUAGAGACUGGUUCCCAGAUCAGGGAUACAGAGGCAGAGGUCGCGGCGAGUAUUAUUCCAGAGGCCGUAGCUACAGGGGUUCUUAUGGAGGGCGUGGUCGGGGCAGCAGAGGCCAUAAUAGAGAGUACCCACACUACAGAGAUCCUAAGCCUAGAACAGACCAUGUGCCUUCAGGGCCUGUUAGGCAAAGAGAAGAGAGUGAAACUCGUAGUGAGAGCUCUGACUUUGAGGUAAUCCCGAAGCGGCGGCGCCAGCACGGUUCAGAGACGGACUCUGACAGCGAAGUGCACGAGAGCGCAAGUGACACGCUGCUGUCAGACAAAGACAGUGUCAUCAAGGGCAAGCACCCGAAAAGAGAAGAAAGAGCUGAUGGCAAGAAGCCUCCAAAGCCCCUGUCAUUCAAACCCGAGAACAAUAUCAGGGUAGACAACAGAUCUCUAGAGAAAACGUACAUAAGAGAUGAUGACAACAAACCCAAACCAGGAUUUCUCCCUAAAGGAGAGCCUUCUAGACGAGGCAGAGGGGGAAUGUACAGACGUGGUGGCCGGGAUCCUGGUGGGCGUCCUCCACGUCCAUCCACAAUCAGGAGACCAGCCUACAGAGACAAUCAGUGGAACCCAAGGCAAACAGAGAUCAUUAAACCAGAAGAUGGGGAGCCUCCAAGACGGAAUGAGCAUUACGGUCCUAUACCAGUUGAUAAAAGACCUCCAAAAUUUGAGAGAAAGUUUGAUCCAAAUAGAGAGAGGCCACGAAGACAAAGGCCUGCUCGGCCUCCAAGGCAAGAUAAACCACCACGCUUCAGGCGCCUAAAGGAGAGAGAGGCCGCAUCCAAGAUAAGUGAGGUGGUAACCAGCUCAUCAACAAGUGCCACAGUUACUAGUGCAGUUAAUGAGCCCUCCAACCCUGCUCUGGAUGUGUCAGGAAGUAAGACACCAGACUUGUCCAACCAGAAUUCUUCGGAUCAGGCAAAUGAAGAGUGGGAAACAGCCUCGGAAAGCAGCGACUUCAAUGAGAGGCGGGAGAGGGAUGAGAAGAAAACAGCAGAUGCGGCAGCACAGGUGGCUGCAAAGGCAGGAGAAAACGCCGGAGCUCCAAAAAGGGAAAUAGCCAAGAGAAGCUUCUCUAGUCAGCGGCCGGGGAUAGACCGUCAAAACAGACGUGGCAACAAUGGGCCAGCUAAACCAGGGAGGAAUUUCUCUGGGCCCAGGAGUGAAAGGCGGAGUGGUCCUCCUCCCAGAAGUGGGAAAAGAGGGCCAUUUGAAGAGCAGGCAGCACCUGUGCCUGGUGUUGACCCCGCCAAUGGCAGCUCUGUACAUCAGGAGGACGGAGGUGCUGCUGCUGCAGGACAAAAGAGCACCAAGGAUGCAAGUGGCAAAAAGAGAGAAGAACCAAAGGCUGGUCCAAAGAAGCCUAAGGAAAAAGUGGAUGCCUUGUCUCAAUUUGAUCUUAAUAAUUACGCAAGUGUUGUGAUCAUUGAUGAUCACCCUGAAGUGACAGUAGUUGAAGACUCCCAAUCUAACUUGAAUGAUGAUGGUUUCACAGAAGUGGUGUCUAAGAAGCAGCAAAAACGCUUGCAAGAUGAAGAGCGCAGAAAGAAGGAAGAACAAACAGUGCAGGUUUGGACCAAAAAAGGAUCAAGCGAAAAAGGCCGAGGUCAGAAUUCCAAGCUCCCACCCAGAUUUGCCAAAAAGCAGCAGCAACAGGCAGCAGCUGCAGCUGCACAGCAGGCACAAGCUCAGGCUCAAGCCCAGGCACAGCCCCCGUGUCCGGCACAGUCUCCAGCUCAGCCCCAAGCUCCCGUUCCGACACAAAGCCAGGCUGCAGGAGGCACAGCCAGCACGGAAUACACCGUGUCAGGCAAAGUCCUGCAGAACACCCAGGCUCACAACGGUCUGGGAGCUGAACUGUGGGACAGCAAAGUGCCUCCUACAGCAGUUCUGAAUGACAUCUCUAAAAAAUUGGGACCCAUUAGCCCACCUCAACCACCUUCAGUCAGUGCCUGGAACAAACCUCUGACAUCUUUUGGUUCAGCUACAUCUCCAGAGGGGACAAAGCCUGGACAAGAAGGUGGAGUCGAUCUUGGUAUAGAAACUAUUCAGUUUGGAGCCCCAGCUUCCAGUGGCAGUGACAAUGAAAUUGGCCCUGUACUUUCUGAGAAGUCCACAGACAAGUUACCAGAACCAAAAGAGCAAAGACAGAAACAGCCUCGGGCUGGACCCAUCAAAGCACAAAAGCUUCCAGACUUGAGUCCGGUAGAAAACAAAGAGUAUAAGCCUGGUCCUAUUGGGAAAGAGCGUUCUUUAAAGAACAGAAAGGUGAAGGAUGCCCAGCAGGGAGAGCCUGAAGGACAGGAGAAGCCAUCUCCCACCUCUGUCAGAAGUCCAGAACCUGUCACUACAAAGGAAACCAAAGCAACGAGUGAACUGAGCACGGAAAUAGGAACGAUGAUAUCUGUAUCUGCUCCAGAGUUUGGAACAAACACAAAGGAGUCUGUAACAGACUACACUACACCUUCUUCUCAUCCUAACACAGUGGCUACUAGCAGUACAAAAAUGGAGGAGACUUUGGUGACGAACGUGCCCCUGCCCCACACCCUUCCCCUCCCUAGGAGGGAGACUUUACAACAGAGCUCCAGCCUAACUCCAGUUUCUCCCGCUACCGUCGACCUCACCCUCAAGAUGGAGUCUGCACGCAAAGCAUGGGAGAAUUCCCCGAACAUGGGGGAGAAGAGUUCUCCGGUGACCUCGGCAGCGUCUCCUAUCGCAGGUGGCAGUGGCAGCAGCAGCAGUGGCAGCAACACUGGGCCAAGCAGUGGCACCUACAGCUCCUUCUCUAGUGCAUCAAUGCCUCCUAUUCCUGUGGCCUCAGUUACACCCACAACUUCGCUCUCAGGAGCCGGAACAUACACCACCUCUUCACUGAGCACGAAGACUGCGAGCACCUCUGACCCUCCUAAUAUCUGCAAAGUGAAGCCCCAGCAGCUGCAGACAAGCAGCCUGGCUUCUGCCAGUCACUUCUCCCAGCUGAGCUGCAUGCCAUCCCUCAUUGCCCAGCAGCAGCAAAGUCCCCAGGUCUACGUGUCCCAGUCUGCAGCAGGUACUACAGCUCAAAUCCCAGCAUUUUAUAUGGAUACAAGUCAUCUGUUCAACACCCAACAUGCGCGUUUGGCACCACCUUCUCUGGCCCAACAGCAAGGCUUUCAACCAGGGCUUUCUCAGCCCGCUUCAGUUCAGCAGAUCCCCAUCCCCAUCUAUGCACCUCUGCAAGGACAGCACCAGGCUCAGCUGAGUUUAGGAGCAGCACCAGCUGUUUCCCAAGCCCAAGAGUUGUUCAAUUCCUCCUUACAACCUUAUAGAUCUCAGCAAGCUUUUAUGCAGAGUGGUUUGUCUCAGCCGUCGCCAGUGGUUCUGUCUGGUACAGCCUUACACAACUUCCCAGCAGUCCAGCACCAGGAGCUUGCUAAGGCACAGUCCAGCCUGGCAUUCCAACAGACUUCUAACACACAGCCUAUCCCCAUCUUAUAUGAGCAUCAGCUUGGUCAGGCUUCAGGACUGGGAGGCUCUCAGCUCAUUGAUACCCACAUUCUGCAGGCCAGAGCUACGCUCACUCAGGCUUCAAAUCUCUACUCUGGGCAAGUUCAACAGCCUGGCCAGAGCAAUUUCUACAACACUGCACAGUCUCCCAGUGCUCUCCAGCAGGUAAACUAUGGCAUGGUGACGGUACCUCUGCCAGGAUCCCAGAUUUCUUUGCCCAACUUUGGAUCCACAGCACAGCCACUGAUUGCCCUGCCCCAGUCUUUACAACCACCACUACAGCACACACCACCACAAGCCCAGGCUCAGAAUCUGAGCAGGCCUGCACAAGUAACCCAGCCUUUCCGAGGACUGAUCCCAGCAGGAACUCAGCACAGCAUGAUCGCUGCCACUGGAAAGAUAUCAGAAAUGGACCUGAAGGCCUUUGGAGGUGGCAUUGAUGUUAAACCUGGAACACCACCAGUUACUGGCAGAAGUACUACUCCAACCUCCAGUCCCUUCCGGGCCAGUUCUACAAGUCCUAACAAUCAGUCCAAUAAAAUGAACAGCAUUGUCUACCAGAAGCAGUUCCAGUCAGCAGCUGCUGCUGUAAGAAUGACACAGCCAUUUCCUGCACAAUUUGCACCCCAGGCAAAGCAGAGAGCAGAGGUACUUCAGUCCACCCAGAGAUUCUUUUCUGAGCAGCAGCAGCAGCAGAGCAAACCCAUAGGAGGCAAAGCCCAGAAAGUGGAGGAGAAUGGAAGCAAACCCCCCGAGGCAAUUGCUGAUUCCUCAGGAGUCUGCCAGGACAAAACGGAGGAGAAGCCCGCGCCUGCACCCGCUGCCACACCGAAACCUGUCAGAACUGGACCAAUCAAACCUCAGGCAAUCAAAACCGAGGAAACUAAAUCUUAGAGGCUGUGUUCCCGUGGAGGGGGGCAGAGGGGAGGGUGGGCGAGGUGUCAGCAGCAUGAGUUUGUGGCCUGAAGGCCGAGGCAGCAGCCUGCUCUCCCUGCAGGGCUCCGAGCAGCCUGAAGGGGCACAGGAGCCAUCAGCAGUUACAGGUGCAAACUGCUGGGUGUCCAGCUGAGCUCCUGGGCUCUGGGGGUUCGUGUCUCCUCUGACAGCAUGAAGGCUGCUCUCGGUGCGUGCACGUUUCACACGUGUGCACGUUUUGGCUUACACACCUUCUGCUUCCCACGGUGAGAAACAUGGAGAAGUGGCCAUGGCAGGGAAGAAGGUGGUGGGGAGGCAUGUUCCUGGCUGACACGAUGACUUCUCUUAUUUUCUUCAGGCUCUGAUCUUCAGCUGCUAUUUAUCUUUUUAUAAACCCAUGAGUAUGACAACAUGCAGUUCUGAAGAUGGUGCUGGGCCAAGUAAUGUGUGUUAAGUUUUUAGUGACUUAAGAAGCUUCUAUCUUGUAACAAACAGAGGGAUCCAUAGCUGGCAAAAUUGCCUUUGCCACGCGAGGUCUAACCUAACGUGACACAGUGAUGCUGGUGGUGUUGGAUUUCCCUCUGGAAGCAGUGCUUUGCUGGCUGCUGCUGCUUGGAUGACAAUACUCUGCAUUUAGAUCACCACAUGAAAACGCUACUUGGCCACCUGUGUCCUCUCCACCCGCUGCCCCCUCAGUGGCUCUCACCCCUGGAGUUGAAAGGUUCGUUGCAUCAAUAGUCAGGUUUGUUCCGUUCACCCCUGUCCAGGUGUCUUUAUAUGAUGCGAGUGGUCUCUAAACGGUUCCAGUUUCUGUCUGUGAUACAGCAACGAGCACUUAAACUGUGCCACGAGAACUACAGAAACCUUACUGAUUAAUGAGAGUUUAUCUCAAAGGUGCAUUUUCAUAUCAGAGCUGAGUCGCACCACCUCCUUGCCCACAGUGUGCUGGAAAGUAGAAUCAAGUCAAAUAAAUGCCUUUUUAAUUGUAUCCUCUAGUAUUCUAGCUGUAGGACAGUACUGUAUGAUACUUCUGUGAAUGUAAGAUAUCCUGUACCUGCUUAUGAUAUGUAGUAGUGACUGUGCUAUACUGGAGCUGUUUUUAAUAAUGUUAUUCUAGAGGUUUUUUUUCCAGACAAUGAUUGAAAAAGCUAAUAAAAAGCACCAGGUACCACAUCAGUAGCAGAAUUUGCUGGUUUUUUCUUGGAUUUUUUUUUUCCUUUUCUUUUUUUUUUUUUUUCUUUUUUUUUUACAUUUUUUGGAAGGAAGAGUUGAAAGUCUAAUGUGUAUAAUUUUGUUCAAAUGACUGCAGAAGCUGGAAAGGCUGUUGCUGCUAUUGAUGCCUAGUGAAUCGCUAUUGGUUAUCUUUUUAUAUAAAUAUAUAUAUAAUUUGAAUUUUUGGAAACUCUAGCUGUGAUGUCAACUUUGGAAAAAAGUAUCCCACUUGUAGUGUGAGUUGGCAUUGUACAGAAAUUAACAGCCAUAUUGGUCUAGAAAUGUUAAACUUAAUUUUUUUUCCAUUUGUACAGGGGUAACGCACUGUAUGAAAUAUGUACGGUCUUAUUUACAUGGGUUUGAUUACAGAAACUAAUAAAGUAUUCUCUAAAUAAA